GUUGAACUUGCACAUGGUGGGCGAGGAUCAUCAUCGUAUGAUCGCUAUAGCAGUCACAGUAGUGGGAGUCGUGGUGGAUCUUCAAGACGAUCGAAUUAUCGGGUUCUCGUCACCGGACUACCAUCUUCUGCUUCAUGGCAAGACUUGAAGGAUCACAUGCGUCGAGCCGGAGAUGUUUGUUUCUCUCAAGUUUACCGUGACCGUGAUGGUGUAAGAGGAAUUGUGGACUAUACCAACUACGACGAUAUGAAAUAUGCGAUAAAGAAACUUGAUGACUCUCUGUUUCGCAAUCAAUUUUCUCGAGCUUACAUACAGGUAGAGGAGUAUGAUAAGAGGCGUAGCUACUCGAGGAGCCCAAGUCCAUAUUAUUCAAGAAGCAAAAGUUAUUAUGAUAAGAGGCGUAGCUACUCGAGGAGUCCAAGUCCAUAUUAUUCAAGAAGCAGGAGUCCCCUACAAAGCUAUAGCAGCCGGAGCAGAAGCGUGUCUCCUAGGGGUAAAUAUACUCGUCGCUCUUUAUCUGUAUCACUUUCAAGGUCCUUUUCCCCUGCUCACUCUGUUUCAAGAUCUCUAUCAAGGUCUAGAUCUCCUGUGUCAUCCGUAAGUGUACUACCUCACCGUAAGCUAAUCAGAGCAAGCCGCAGCCGAAGCAGGAGUAUGUCUUCUUCUCGUUCUUCGGGGAGAUCCUACUGAGACCUUUAUAGUAACAAUGGGCAGAUGGUAGCUGAAUAAGCAGUUGUAUUGUAGGCUGUUAUAGGAUGUUGAGAAGUUGGCUAGUGUCUUCUGGUUAUUUUGCGAACUUCGUCCGUUGUCGGCCUCUGGAGGUCGAGCAUCAUAAUCUUGCUGGCUAGCUCGUGUUCUAGAAAUGUAGUUUAAUGAAUCCGUAUGUCUUCCCUAAUUGCUUAGCCAUCUAGAAGAUAUUUAUACCUGAACUUACUUUGAUAAUCUAUGCUUGUUAUUUGUUUGA